CAUUUCCCGUCUCCAAGUCUCGCCCUAGCCUCUUUCUCAACCCAACACUGUCCGCUAGUCUCUUCUCCAGCCGCCGCCAACGAACACUGAUAUGCCGAUGACGAUAUCAUGUCUGCGCCUCCCCUUCCUUUUGGUAGUCAUGCCUUCUAGUUCGUUCGCUUCAAUUCGACCUUCGAUUAAGGAGGGGACUAAAACUACCUUGAUUAACAAACUGCAAAGUUCCUUCUCGGGUUUUACAAUUUCAAUCCUCUAUCCCAGAUAUGGUAUUGCAGUUGAAGCCAUGAGGUUUAAGGUAUAAAUAGUGAUAAUUAUUUUGUCAACUCAAUUCUCUCUUUUUUUAGCUGGAUAAGAUGAUAAUUAAGUAGAAAAAGUAGUUAUGAGGUUAUCUUUUUGUGGAUCUGAAAUAACUGUAAUGAAGAGCAAAGAGUCAAAUACAAUAUCAUCCUUUAUCCUUUAUGUGCUGCACAUGUAGAAUUUCCUUUAAUUUAUUAAGAAAACUUUUUAUGGGUAAACUACUACAUUUAUUAUUUAAGUUAGUUUAGCAAGUGCAACAUGUUAAACUACUUCAGUUCAAAGGAAAAAAACUCAAAAAACAGUCCCUUAUUUUAUUAUACUGCUUUUGAUUCACCGUGCAUGAAUGUGUGAUUUUUCAACUUUAAAUUUGAUUCAAAGUUAUAUCUGCAUAUGCAUGUAUGUGGUUUUUUCUAUUUAGCAAUUUGAUCAUGUCUUAGGGACUCUGGGAGGGUGAUAUUUAAAACUAUUAUAUAUACAUAGUAUAUACUCAAAUAGAUUUAUUCUGUUCUUACUCUCUAAAUUUUGAUAUCAUCAUUGUAUUGCCUCACUAAUUUGGUUAUUUAAAAAAACUAUUUUUGAUUGCAGAUGGAUAUAUGAACAAAAAAGUCUAACUAAUAUUUCCCCUAAAUCUCCAGUGUCAAUGAUCAAUCUACAAUUGCAACUCCAAGGGAAGUUGGCUAAUGCUUAUUUGCUAGCUGUUUCGCUGCAACAUCUAUUGCUCUUGGAACGUGAUAAGAUACUAGAGCCAGAAAAUUUAGUUUAUAGCACUCUUGAAACAUGCUGAUUUAUUGGUGUUUCUUUUUCGUUUUGGUUACAGAUGUUGCCUGUCUUUUGUACGAGCAUAUUGAUGUUGUUCAUUCCUUCUUUUUGCUCUUGUAGCAAUGUAGCCUAAUUGGCCUUCGAUUUCAAAAAAAAAAAAGAAAAGAGAACAAAGAUAUGAAGCUAUAAACUUUUUGGAUGUUUUCUGUGCUAUGUUUUUUAAGGUUUUAUUUACAGAACAGUGUGUGCUAGUACUAUUGAAAUGGAUAUUUUAAAAUAAUAUUUAAAAAAAGAUGACUUUACAUGGCACAUAAACGUGUGUUGUGUAAACUAUUACUUUUACACAGUGGAUAUUUAUCCGUUGUGUAAACCAUUAUACAGCGGAUAAUUAUCCGGUGUGUAAACAUGAUACAUAUUGCACUGGUCAUAUACACAGCGGUUGAUUUGCGCUGUGAAAUGUCAAAUUUAUCCGCUAUGUAUUAUCUAUUUUGUAGUAAAGUUUCUUCUCUUUAGUUGAGUUCUUUCACCU